AAUGGACUGAAUCUGUGAGAGAUGAGCCACGUUAAAUUUGUGUCACCUGACUCACUUGGGCCAAAUUCAGAAUGGGAACAUAUUGGUCAGGGCCAUUUUGGAGAUGUUUUCAAAGUGAAGCACAAGGUUCUCCACAUACAUGUAGCAGUGAAACAACUUAAAGAUCCAUCAUAUCGUCUAGAGGAACUCCUCGAUGAGGCUGAAAAGAUAAAACAUGCUUCAGCCAACGACUAUGUAAUCCAAUUGCAUGGGAUAGUGAAAGUACCUCCUUGUAUCAUAAUGCAGUGGAUGGAGUAUGGCUGCUUGGGCACACUAAUGGAGAGAGUUAAAGUGAUUCCAUGGCCCUUUAAAUAUCGCAUUCUCCACGAAGUGGCAUUGGGUAUGAACUGGCUGCAUCUCCUUUCCCUUUUACACCUGGAUCUCAAGCCAGGCAAUGUUCUUCUGAAUGACGCUCUCCAUAUACGGAUUGGAGAUUUUGGUUUGUCCAGAUUUACAAGUAGCUCCACUGCCCUUGGUGAUAUUGAAGCAGUUGGGGGAACGUUAGCAUACAUGCCUCCUGAAGCAUUUCAAGAGGGAUACAAACCAAGCGAAUCCACUGAUAUUUACAGUUUUGCCAUCCUAUCCGCUGUGGUACUUAAAGGUGAUGACCCUUAUCCAAUUGAUAAUUCUUCGAUGAUAAGAAUGAGUAUAUCUGAUGGUCAGCGUCCCAGUUUUGAAUCCUUGGAGAAUAUUAGCUUUGUGAAGAAUCUAGACAAGGCCAUUGCAUUUACAAAGAGCUGCUGGGAUAGGGACAAGCAAAAAAGACCUUCCUUUGGUGGCAAGUAA